AUGAAAGCGAUUAUAGUAUACCUGUUUUGUAGUAUAAUAUUUGUGAAUUGUGAUGAGUAUGUGAAUGUCACAUAUGAACCCGUACAAAGGCAGCUUUUAGACUUCAAGAAGGAACACCCUCACCCGAUAGGACUGUGGACCAAGUACGCGGGGGAUCCAGUUGACAUUCGUGACACUAUCUCAAUUAACUCGGAUCAAUUUAGCAACCAGUUGUUUAUAGACAAUUUCUCUACAUUAGAUGGUGAAAGAAUACCUGAGCGUGUGGUACACGCCAAGGGUACAGGAGCUUUUGGCUACUUCGAAGUGACGCACGAUGUCUCCAAGUAUACAUAUGCAGAUUUGUUUGAUGGAGUCGGGAAAAAAACACCUUUGGUCGUAAGGUUCUCAUCCGCAUUACAAAACGUGGGAGGUACUGACCUUGGCAGAGAACCGAGGGGGAUGUCCAUCAAAUUUUACACGAAAGAGGGAAACUUUGACUUAUUAAGUUUAUCAAUACCUGUCUAUCUAUACAGAGACCCAUUGGAAUUUCUAGAUGUAACGCAUGCACUAAAGAGGAAUCCUCAGACUAACUUGUUCGAUUUCACGAGCGUUUAUGACAGAAUAACAUCAAAACCAUCGGCUGUUCUCUUCUUCUUUUGGCUAUUCUCAGAUUACGGUAUUCCAGAUGGAUACAGAAAGAUGGAUGCAUUCCCCAUCCAUACUUUUGAACUCGCAAACAAACAUGGAGAGACACAUUAUGUCAGAUUCAAUUUCAGAACUGAACAGGGUUUCUCACCACUCACUACACCUCAAGCGACUGCAAUUCAAGCUCUAGACUUGGAUUACUUUACUAGAGAUUUAUACAAUGCCAUUGAUAAGGGAGAGUAUCCUGCCUGGAAACUUGAGAUGGAUGUGAUGUCGCCACAUGACAUACAAAAACUGGAUUACGAUCCAUUCGAUGUCUCAAGGGUGUGGAAGAAUGGUACAUUUUUCACCGUGCCGAUAGGAAGGUUGGUACUAAACAAAAAUGUAGAAAAUCAGUUCAGAGAUGUUGAACAAGGCGCGUUUAAUCCCGGUCAUUUAGUACCUGGUAUUCCUGGGCCAGUGGACUUUUUGUUCCGUGGUAGGAGAACGUAUUAUAGAGACGCUCAAAAUUAUCGUUUGGGAAGAAACAAUAACAAAAUUUUAAUAAACUUGCCUUUGUAUCAAAAGAAUUACGUACGAGAUGGAAGACCACCGACUAGGCUGAACAUGAAGCACGCUCCCAACUAUUAUCCUAAUUCAUUCAAUGGACCAGCUCCAUAUGUGGAUGAGCACAGACCUUGGAAAAAAUUGCAAGUAUUGGAAGGUAAUGCUGUUGAUUUGGAACCGGCAUGGUAUUUCUAUAACUAUAUUCUUGAAGACGAGACUCACAGACAGAGAUUUAUUACGAAUCUGGCCGCUACUCUCGUGCCAGUUACACCACCUGUUUUACAAAAAGUGUUUAAAUUGUUGCAUUUGAUUGAUGAAGAUUUGGCUAAACGCGCAAAGGCUGCUUAUGAAGUAGGUGUAGCACUAGCGAUGACCCAACAAGCUGCCACUCCUUCGCCUGUGACAACUAAGAGGAAUUACCCAUCGUCUGAAGGUCCUCCUAAGCACAACGAUACAAAAAGUAUUUACCAAUUAGGUAUUCAUUAUGAGCAUCCGCACCAUUAA